AUGAAACUGUUGUUUUCCUCUCGUAUCUAUAAUGUUUUUGCUUGUCGAAGGCAUCGUGAACAAGAAUCGACUAAAGCACUGUUGUUGCAUCGUUCAUUGCAAAGAAAUUAUUAUGAAAUACUGGGCAUUAGUCAAGACGCCACCCUUGCUCAGUUAAAAAGCGCAUAUUAUCGAAAGUCGAAAGAACUACAUCCAGACAAUGCAUCGGAUUUAGAUGAAGCCGAAGCAGCCCGACGGCAGAAAGAAUUUGUAGAACUGAAUAAGGCCUACGAAACACUUCGGCGCGCUUCUACACGGAAAGAAUAUGAUGCUGUUUUGGGAGAAGAGUACAAUCACAUCCAUAUCAACGUUCACAAUUACGGAAGAAAUGCUACUGAAUGGCACCAGUUUAGAUUCUUAUUUACUCGCCAAAAGGUGUUUCCGCACAAUGCUUUCCCGAAUCAUGAUGCAAUGAGUAUGAAAAAGCAUGGAAUUAAUUAUGAUACUGUUGACAAUGCGGGAUAUAUUCUUCCGUAUCACAAGAAAUUUUAUUCACCUAGCAAAGCAACGCCAACUGAGGGGAUUGGAAUUGAAAGUAAUGAGGAAGUUGCGAAACGGUGGCUAGAGGCUAUCGACAGUCAUGAGAGCUGA